GACGGGAAUAGAAAGUCCACGCGUAGAAUACACCGGUAGAUUUGGCAUUUCUAGAAAAGACGAGACCGAAGGAUUUCAAUAUAAAGAACCCGCAUUCAAAACAAGUUUGUAAACUGUUGACAAGAAAACAGACAAUUAAUAUAGAGUUAAAAGGUUUUGAAAUGAGGAAAUUAUUAUUUUCUGUGUGUGUGGUGGCAUUAUUUGCCAGUGUAGUACGAGGUGACGAUGAAGAUGACAAGAAAAAAGAUUCAGUUGGAACUGUAAUUGGUAUUGAUUUAGGAACAACUUACUCAUGCGUUGGUGUAUUCAAGAAUGGACGUGUUGAAAUUAUUGCUAACGACCAGGGUAAUCGAAUUACUCCAUCUUAUGUAGCUUUCACGGAAGAAGAACGUCUUAUUGGUGAUGCUGCCAAAAAUCAGCUGACCUCUAACCCUGAAAAUACAGUCUUUGAUGUGAAACGUUUGAUUGGUCGAACCUGGGACGAUCCUUCUGUUCAGCACGAUAUUAAAUACUAUCCAUUUAAAGUCAUCAACAAAAGCAACAAACCUCAUAUACAAGCCAAUGUACAAGGUACCAACAAAGUUUUUGCACCUGAAGAAAUCUCAGCUAUGGUUCUUGGAAAAAUGAAAGAAAUCGCUGAAGCUUAUCUUGGUAAAACUAUUAUAAAUGCUGUUGUUACUGUACCUGCCUACUUUAACGAUGCCCAACGUCAAGCUACCAAAGAUGCUGGAAAAAUUGCUGGUCUUAAUGUUAUGAGAAUCAUCAACGAACCAACUGCUGCUGCUAUUGCGUAUGGUUUAGAUAAGAAGGAAGGAGAAAAGAAUAUUCUUGUAUUUGAUUUGGGCGGUGGUACCUUUGAUGUUUCUCUACUUACCAUUGAUAACGGUGUAUUUGAAGUAGUCGCUACUAACGGAGAUACUCAUCUUGGUGGUGAAGAUUUUGAUCAAAGAGUUAUGGACCAUUUCAUCAAAUUGUACAAGAAAAAGAAGGGUAAAGAUAUCAGGACGGACAACCGAGCUGUACAGAAAUUACGUCGUGAAGUAGAAAAAGCCAAAAGAACCUUGUCUUCCCAACAUCAAGCUAGAAUUGAAAUUGAAUCUUUAUUCGAUAGUGAAGAUUUCUCAGAAACUUUAACCAGAGCUAAAUUUGAAGAAUUGAACAUGGAUUUAUUCCGAUCAACAAUGAAACCCGUCCAGAGAGUUAUGGAAGAUUCUGAUCUUAAAAAAGAAGAAAUUGAUGAAAUUGUUUUAGUUGGAGGUUCCACUCGUAUUCCUAAAGUUCAACAAUUGGUCAAAGAAUAUUUCAAUGGAAAGGAGCCAAAUCGUGGUGUCAAUCCUGAUGAAGCUGUUGCCUAUGGUGCCGCUGUACAAGCUGGUGUGUUGAGUGGAGAAGAGGACACCGGAGAUCUUGUACUUCUUGAUGUCAACCCUCUUACUAUGGGUAUCGAAACCGUGGGUGGCGUCAUGACCAAACUUAUUUCCAGAAACACUGUCAUUCCAACCAAAAAAUCUCAGAUCUUCUCUACAGCUUCUGAUAAUCAACCCACUGUCACCAUUUCCGUCCUUGAAGGAGAACGACCCAUGGUUAAAGACAAUCAUUUAUUGGGUAAAUUCGAUUUGACAGGAAUCCCCCCUGCUCCACGAGGUGUCCCACAAAUUGAAGUCACUUUUGAAAUCGAUGUCAACGGUAUUUUGAAAGUCACAGCUGAAGACAAAGGCACAGGAAACAAAAAUAAUAUCGUCAUUAAAAACGAUCAAGAUCGUCUCUCACCAGAGGAUAUUGAAAGAAUGAUCAACGAUGCCGAAAAAUACGCUGAUGAUGACAAAAAAGUCAAAGAGAAGGUAGAAGCAAGAAAUGAACUUGAAAGUUACGCUUAUUCGUUAAAAAAUCAAGUAAAUGAUAAGGAAAAAUUAGGUGCUAAAUUAAGCGCAGAAGAUGUAGAAAAGAUCAACGAAGCUGUAGACGAAAAAAUUAAAUGGUUAGAAGCCAACCAAGAAGCCGAUGCGGAAGAAUUCAAAACACAAAAGAAAGAACUUGAAAGUGUUGUUCAGCCUAUCACUAGUAAAUUAUACGAAGGUGCUGGAGGGGCACCUCCCCCUGGUGGCGAGGAAUCAGAGGACGAGGAUCACGACGAAUUGUGAGAAAUGUAUCGUUUAGUUUUCUGUCACGUUUCCAUCAUCUCCUUAUUCUAUCUUCAUGUGGAGUGGACCAAAUGUUGAAGAUUGUCUGUGACGGAUGCCAGCUUUGUGAAGAUGUUAGUCAUUUUUGUUGACAAUGAAUUGCCACGUGUUAAGCUUUAUGGAGAGACGCAUGCUAAAAAAUAUACAUUAGUGACUGUUAAUCAUCAGAUAUUUUGACAUAUGUCGUUCUCCAUACAGCAUAAAACACAAUGCUUGAACUUGUCAAGAAAAAUGACUGUUAGAUUUGUUCGGUGGUGUAAAUUUGGUGUCGUUUUAUCUAUCCCAUGUCAUUGACCCGGGAACCCCUCCCUCAUUGUUAGUUGAAAUAUUGUUUUACUGUGAACGUUACAGCGAUAUUUUAGAUUUGUUAAUUGGUUUAAGUAUAUGUUUUAAGAGAAGGGGGUUUGUGAGGGUUGAUGACCGUUUUGUAGUAUUCUCUGCACAAUUCACAUCUUGAAUAGAAGCACUCGGUUCACUUUUUAACUGUACUUUCCAGUCAUCGACAGUGGCGGCCAUAAUGAGUAAAACCAGAUCUUUUUGUGAAAUAUAUCUUCAACGAAUAUUAAAUUUUAAAUGUAUGUCAAUUGUUUGGAAAAUAGAUUCUAAAGUACAUACAAAUUCCAUCGUCUUUUUCGCAAUCAACACAAUGUUUUGAAAUUUUGGGGAUUAUAAUUGAAGUUAGAAAUUUUGAAUCGAGAAAACCUUUAGGAUAUAUGAUAACGCGCCCAGAUUUAAAUGAUAGUUAGUGGUUAUUUGAUUUCACGUAGUGUACAGUUUUGGAGAGUUGAUUGAUUAGAUUUGUUAAUGUUAAAAGAAAUGUAUUACGUAAAGUGAUACAGCUUGUCCUUGGCAGUCAUGUGAUAUUAAUAAAUCGUAAGAUAUAGCGACCAAGCAUUCAUUGGUUGAAAUUUUCACAAAGCUGGCAUUGGUAUGUUUUUUUUUUGAGAGGGAGCAUCAUCGUCGAAGAAGAUCUACACAUGUACAUCAACUUCAAAUCAUGUUUUGUUGGCAUAAAAGCAUCGUUGUUAAGAAAUACAUGUAUAUGUUAAUAUUAAGAACACAGUUUAUUUUUUUUUUUUUUAAUCAUUUCUUUGGUGAUGUUGUAAAUCAUUUCAAUAUAUAUAUAUUCUCGGCUAGAGUGAAUGGGAAUAAUUUUAAAAAUCGUUUUUUUUUACACAAUGCAAAAUAUAUUUGAACGCAUUUGUGUGAAUUUCAAAUGGGUGAAAUUGUUAGAUUUGCUUGUGGGUCUAUUUCUUGAAAAACUAUCCCGUUAUCACUUCAUUGAUUUUUAAAACAAAUGAAGAGACCAUAUCCCUAGAUAUCCUUUUGAGAAAUGGGCCUAAGGCCUUAGAUAUUUGUAAAUAGGAUGAUUUUUUUCAUUACCGAUCAUGUGUCAUUGUCUAAAUAUUGGAAGAAUGAUUGAGUGCGUGAAUGUGUGAGUAGUAGUGGUUAGAAUAUUUGGUUUAAAGUUGUAUUGCUGAUAUUUGUUCUGAGAGUUUGUAUAAAUGAGUAAAUUAAGAAUAAAUAAAAAAUAAUAUAUUA